CACACCGAUUCCAUCAGUCGUUCGCCUUCCCUGUCCCUGCCUCCUCUCUGCCACUCGUGGCUUUUCCCCCCUUCUCCUUGGGUCCAAAGUUUUGCGGCCAGCCGGCUGGGAGGGAGGAGGCCCGUCAGCACCUCGGCCAGCGCCUGCGGCAGCCGGGCAAGGAUGCUUGCGGAAUGAUCGCCCUCCAGGGCGGUUGCUCCCGCUGCUCCUACUCCAGCUCCUCCUGCUCCCUCUCCUCCUCGCAUUCCAGCUCUGUCGGAAAGGCAGCAAGUGCUCCCGACCAGAGAAGGUCCCUGCAGUGAGCGCGGACAGGCUGAAUGCAAGAGAGUGAAGAAGACCUGGAACCAGGGUCAGAAUGCAGGUAACAUCCAACCUCCUCAACCUUCUGUUGCUGGCCCUGCUGGCUGCAUUGGAUCCCUCUAAGACUCAGAUCAGCCCAAAGGAAGGGUGGCAAGUAUAUAGCUCAGCCCAAGAUCCCGAUGGUCGUUGCAUCUGCACUGUUGUUGCACCUGAGCAAAAUCUGUGCUCUCGAGAUGCCAAGAGCAGGCAACUCCGACAACUGCUGGAAAAGGUUCAGAAUAUGUCCCAGUCUAUUGAAGUUUUAAACCUGCGGACUCAGAGGGAUUUUCAAUACGUAUUGAAAAUGGAAACCCAAAUGAAAGGGUUGAAGGCCAAGUUUCGGCAGAUCGAAGAUGAUCGGAAGACGUUAAUGACCAAGCACUUUCAGGAGCUGAAAGAAAAGAUGGAUGAGCUCCUGCCAUUGAUCCCUGUCCUGGAACAGUAUAAAACUGAUGCCAAGUUAAUUACCCAAUUCAAAGAGGAAAUUAGGAACCUAUCUGCGGUUCUUACGGGAAUCCAAGAAGAAAUUGGAGCGUAUGACUAUGAGGAAUUACAUCAGAGGGUGCUCGGCUUAGAAACCAGGCUUCGAGACUGCAUGAAAAAACUCACCUGUGGCAAACUGAUGAAAAUCACAGGCCCUGUUACAAUCAAGACAUCUGGGACACGAUUUGGAGCUUGGAUGACAGAUCCUUUAGCAACUGAAAAAAAUAACAGGGUCUGGUACAUGGAUAGUUACACAAACAAUAAAAUUGUCCGUGAAUACAAGUCAAUUGCAGACUUUGUCAGUGGAGCUGAAUCAAGGACAUACAACCUUCCCUUCAAAUGGGCAGGGACAAAUCACGUCGUCUACAACGGAUCCCUCUAUUUCAAUAAGUAUCAGAGCAACAUCAUCAUCAAGUACAGCUUUGAUACGGGGCGAGUGCUGGCCCAACGGAGCUUGGAGUAUGCCGGCUUUCACAACGUCUACCCGUACACCUGGGGUGGCUUCUCUGACAUUGAUCUGAUGGCUGAUGAGAUCGGGCUGUGGGCGGUGUAUGCCACCAACCAGAAUGCCGGCAACAUUGUCAUCAGCCAGCUCAACCAGGAUACCUUAGAGGUGAUGAAGAGCUGGAGCACCGGCUAUCCAAAGAGAAGUGCUGGGGAAUCCUUCAUGAUCUGUGGGACCUUGUAUGUUACCAACUCCCAUUUAACUGGAGCUAAGGUCUACUACUCCUAUUCUACCAAAACCUCCACGUACGAGUACACAGACAUCCCCUUCCAUAAUCAAUACUUUCACAUAUCCAUGCUUGACUAUAACGCAAGAGAUAGAGCUCUGUAUGCCUGGAACAAUGGGCACCAGGUCCUGUUCAACGUCACCCUCUUCCACAUCAUUAAGACUGAGGAUGACACAUAAGCUUCAUUUUUUUGUUCAGUUCUAGCUGUCAUUUGUGAUAAACUCUAAAGCAUCCCUUUGUUUUGUUUUUUUUUUAUUAUGUCGUCUGUAAUUUCCUUUUUUUUUUAUCUGCAUAGUGUGUUCCAAAUACAGCUGAGCCUGUCUAAGAUCAACUGUGAGAAAUGCAUCUUAACUCUUAUAUCUUACAAGGCUGGUAAUGACCUUGUUGUGAAAAGCACUAAAGAGGAUUUGAAUGACUAAAGACAUCAUUUUAAAAGGAUAAUGAUCUGCCUUAUGUUAGUCAGAGACAAUGGUGGCUUAAAUGCAUGGAUGUCUUUUUUUUUCACUUUCUGCCACUUUUAAAAAUCUACUGUUUGCUCCAUUUCAGCAAAUACUUGGGUAGUAAUUGGAAGUGUAAAGAGCACCCUUUGUCUCAUAAUUUCACUUAUUUCCAAAAGGAGAUAUAAAGAUCUAAUUUCUUUGGAAAAAAAUAAUGUAAAUCAUGUCGCUGUUAACACAAUUCAAUGCGGUGCUGUACAGUACGUUUUUAAACCUCUUGCUAACAUUUUAUCGGCAAUAUGUAUUUCUAUCAUUGUAACCACCAUUGUGCAAUUGUAUCUCUUCACUUCUGUGAAAGUAAACUAAGUACUAUUUUUUAUAAAAUAUAUUGAAGUUUAAUCUCA